AUGGCUGUCAAGACCAUAUGUACAGUGUCGACGACUUCGGCAUAUACCACAGCUGCGGGCUCCAUAGCGGCGCUGCAUGCUCUUGUGGCCUCCUGUCAGGGCCAGUUACCACCCGAACUUCUUCCUUAUAUACAAAAGGUCUACUUCACAUCCUUGUUCGGUGAUGAUGACGUACUCUACUUUCCGUGUCCGUUCAAGGCGCGCGAGGCCGUUUCCGCCCUCAAGGCUCUCGAAGGAUGUGCCGCUGCAGCCAUCGCAGAUUUACGAUACGGACGCGCGCCCCGGUUCAUCGAGGUUGAUCUUGACAGAACAGCCUGCUUCCUCAUGUCUGCCUACGUGACCACAAUCGACGGCUUGGACAAGGGACAUGAGGAUGUGAAGUCGCUCCUUGUAGAUACGGACCUGAAUCAAGCACAGUCUAUCCUAUAUCGGCGUCUCUCUGCUAAUCUCUAUGAGACAAAGAAGCCUGGCGAGUUCUAUCACAUUCACGGGUCGCUCGAGGCUAGCAGAACGCUCUCCAUGCUUGGGCUGCCACCAUUCAACCCGGAGAUGACAGACUAUCGCCAGUGCGUAGAAACAAUCGAGAAAGCCGUCAAAAGGUACACUGUUGAUGAGCUUGAAGCGAUGAACUCGAAAGAGAACCAGGCUGGUGCACCUGCCCUGACUUGGGACGCGUUCUCUCAGACUCCGCACGGGCAGGCCUUGAUGAAACUACCUCCUUUUACCACCACCUCUCUCGAGACAUUGACACCGCCAGUGCCCUUUCCUGAGACCGCAUUAGCCCUCGGUCAGCGUCAACCGCAGUGUCUAGCUGGCAUCAAGGUGGUUGAGUUCUGCCGCAUUAUCGCCGGCCCAGUCAUCGGGCGCUCCCUGGCUGCCCACGGCGCCUCCGUGAUCAAGGUCACAUCGCCGUUCCUCCCAGACGUGCCGUUCUUCCAAGUCGACGUCAACACCGGCAAGCACACCACGGAACUGCACCUCCGCGACAACGACCAAGACCGCGCCGCCUUUGAGCGCCUGCUCGCCGAGGCAGAUGUCCUGAUCGACGGCUACCGCCCCGGCGCCCUGGACAAGCUCGGCUACGGGACAGAGUACCUCGCUGAUUUGGCGCGCGCGCGAGGCAGGGGCUUCGUCUACGUCGCGGAGGACUGCUUCGGCGGCACGGGCACGGGCACGGGCACGGGCCCCGGCGCCGCCGAUCCGGAGUGGGCCCCGCGGCCGGGCUGGCAGCAGAUCGCCGACUGCGUGACGGGCCUGGCCUGGGACCAGGGCCGGUUCAUGGGCCUCGACGAGCCCGUGGUCCCGCCCUUCCCCAUGUCCGACUACGGCACGGGCGCGCUCGGCGCCGCGGCCGCGCUGUCGGCGCUCUACCUGCGCGCUCGCCGGGGCGGGUCCUGGGCCUGCCGCACCUCGCUGUGCCAGUACGACGUCUUCCUGCGCUCCCUGGGCGCCCUGCCGGCGGGCGUGCUCGCGCGCGCGCGCAAGGCGCACGACCCGGCCUUCUUCGGCCUGCGGCACCACGACUCGGUGGACGAGGUCGGCCGGCGGGCCGUCGGGAGCGUCCGCGCGCUGUUCCCGCACCUGUUCGCCGACGGCAUGAUGCACUCCGCCUGGAGCCCGGGGUUCGGCGCGCAGAUCCGGUGGCCCCGGGAGGCGCUCAAGGUGAAGGGCUUGCGGGUCGGGCACGUCCGGGCCACCAGGCCGAACGGAUUCGACGCUCCGAGUUGGGAUGGCUGGGAGGUGGACGAGGACGUGGCUCUCGGGUCAUGA